CACAAUGUGAAAGAUUUUAUGAGGUUUACUUGGAUUUGAUUUCCAAAGAAAAAAUUCUAGGUCGAAAAAGAGGCAAAUGACCCUAAGGAUACAUAAGGGUCUAACACCUCAGGAAGCCACGGCUUUGCUGGUAUCCAUGUCCAGUUUGGUAAACUUCGAAUCGAAAACCCCACUUCCGUUGAAGCAUGAAAAACUAUUCGGUCAACUUGGAUAUAAUCCUGCCAAAAUGAUGCUAGAGAUGAAUCAACCCUGUGAACAGCUGAUCAAGUAUUGCUACUGGUUAGGAGUGGAAGUACCCUGUUCGAAAUAUGUCCAAGUUACGAAAACUCACAUUGGAUUCUGCUGCUCGUUCAACGCCGAUAAAUCGAUGUUCGUUGGUCACAAAGCUAACGUGCGUAGCACCGGACCGGUUAAUAUUCGUCUGUCUGGUGCUGGAAAGAACGUGGGCCUAUCCGUCAUCGUAGAUAUUCAACCGGAUAACUACUUGGCACCGGCCAAGUCAUUUUAUGGGGCGGAAGUGUUUGUGCAUAAUCCGCAGGAUUUUCCCAGUGACUCGGAUCUCGUGGAUACUAUUCAACCUGGUUGGGAUGUGGAUUUUUGUGUUACUCCUUUUCCGAUCGGAAGCAGUAGUUCCUUGAAGCGAGUACCGCUGCUCCAGAGACAAUGUUACAUGGCCGACGAAGGCAAACUACAGUCGAACAAUCAGUUUAGUUUGAAUCUUUGUAUGUCGGAAUGCAGACUGAGGACGAUUAUCAAGUUAUGCCAGUGUGUACCGUUUUAUUAUGCUGAUUUCAAUAUUACCGAAGCAGAGAAUGCACCACUUUGUACUCUUCAAAAGGUUGAUUGUUUGAGGCAUUUUAGAAAAUACUUUUAUAGCUUAAGACCACCAAGCGAAGUAUCAAAUGAACACAUGGGUUUCGAGUUGGGAAUGAAUUGCGAUUGUAUGCCAUCGUGCUCAUUUUUGAGUUAUAAUGUGCAGAGCAUUUCAAGUUGGAGGCAUACCGAUUCAUUUACGUCAUCUUAUUUCGGCCACCGCAACGUAUCGGACUACGCCACACUGCACGUGCACUUCAAGGAUCUGUACUGUGUCAAGUAUCGGCGGGAGGCAUUUAUGACGUGGGACUCACUGUUAGCCUGCUUCGGUGGCAUCUUCGGUUUGUGCAUGGGAGGAUCGGUGCUGAGUCUCGUUGAACUGUUCUACUAUUUUAUUGUGAAACCAUUCGCGCACUAUAAGCUGGGAAUACGGGAACGACACCUUGCCGGGAAGGAACCAGUGUCGAUGGUUCCGCUCAAAUCAGUCGGUCAGACAGUGUUUCGACCGCGUCGCUAUCCAAUGGGUUAUUUUCAGCGGAAGAAUGUAAUUUUUCGUGAACGAGUCAGCGCGAAAAGUAGGAAACGUACCCUGGUGCAGUCGCAGAUGAUUUCGGCUAUGGAGAUGAUAGACCACGGGACACAAGGAGAGUUGGCUUUUGUGUAUUGAUUCAUUGAUUUUUGGCUAAUGGAUUAUUGUAAUGGGAAUUUAUUUACACAUACAAGGUAAGGUUACAAUCUGAUGUAUUGUUAUAAAUGAAUUAUCGUUGAAGGAAUGUUAUAAUUAAUCAAAGAGCGAUAAGUAACUGAUGUUACAUGGAGUAUAU